ACACGCUGUGCUCCCACACUGAGUUGGCUGCUACUGCUGCUGGCAGCAUAUAAAUUGCAGUAUAUUGUUAGUCUUCUCUCAAGAGAGAAACCUCGUGGUCAUGGCUCAACGCAGCGGUGCAACGCAGGCAAGGGAGACUAUGGACAAGGAGGAGUGCAACAGGCAAUUUUCUCCAACCCUGUGGUCUAAGAGGAUCAUCCAGCCAUUUGAAGGCAGCAAUGAACAUCCCGUGGUUGAUGCACACAUCAAAGCCCUGCAGGAAGGGACUGCACGUGGGAAAGCUGUCGCAGAAACCAUUCUGGACGUCUCCUACGGCCCCGGAGAUGACGAAAAGAUGGAUAUUUAUAUGCCUCUGAAACCAAACCCAGCUCCCCCAGUCUUCGUUUACAUUCACGGAGGCUACUGGCGUAUCCUUGGGAAGGAGUUUUCUGGAUAUAUGGUGCCUCCCCUGGUCGAAUCUGGAGCUGUGGUGGUGGCUCUGAGCUACACUCUUAGUCCUAAAGGAAGCAUGGAUCUCAUGGUUGACCAGAUGCGGAGAGCUGUUGCCUUCAUAUCUCGACAAUAUUCACACUUCAGUGGAAUGUAUCUGUGUGGUCACUCUGCCGGUGCUCACCUGGCUGCCAUGGUCCUCGCCACCGAUUGGUCGCUUCCAGAGUAUGGUGUGACCCCUGACAUCAAAGGUGGGUUCCUGCUGAGUGGGGUGUUUGACCUCCGGCCCCUAGUGGAAACCUACGUGAAUGAGCAUCUCAAAAUGACUUUGGAGGACAUGGCACGUAACAGCCCGAUGUUAAAAGUUGAUGCGAUGGCCCCGUUGGCUGGAAAUUGUCACAUCGUCCUGGCUGUGGCGGAGCAUGACUCGCCCGAGUUUCACCGCCAGUCCCAAGAGCUUGAGCAGUCUUUAAAGGGCGCCGGCUUCAAUGUCACCUACCUGGAUGUGCCUAACGUGGAUCACUUUGACCUGGUUGAGAAGCUCUGCGGUGAGGAGUACCAGCUCACUCAGGUCAUCAAGGAAGUGAUGUUUGGUGGAGUGAAACCAUGAGGUGAAUGAUUUAAAAUCGCUUUGUCAGAAAUAUGGUUACUCUAAAAGAACAGCAGAUUGAGGGCAUGCAAACAUAAAUGUGUAUCUGUCAAGUAAAAACACAGCGGUAUUUGCAUGAUAUACUGUAAGCCGUUGGAGAGCAAUGUUCGCCUUGCAUUGCAAUAUAAUUACUUACUGCUUAUCUUCUAAAGGCGAAGUAUAUCGGACAUGUACAACUCCGAGUUUUACGUAAUUUUGUAUGCAUGUAGAGGUUUAGUUGAACAAAUCCAGUUCAAUAAAAUCUUCAUUUUCA